AUGAAAGAGGACGCAGCAGGCAGUGAUAAAGCAAGUGUUAAUAUUGCUGAAACGGCCGACAAUGCGAAAGUGUCCUUGGCUGAGGGUGCAGGCUUCACCGAAGCCGACACCAACAGACUGAUCCGCAAAAUCGACUGGUCCAUUAUUCCAUUCGUCUCUCUACUCUACCUCCUCUCAUUCCUCGACCGCACCAACAUCGGCAAUGCUCGUCUGGAUACCCUCGAGUUAGACCUCAACAUGUCAGGUAUAAUGUACAACCACGCACUCGCCAUAUUCUUUCCCUUCUACAUCAUAGCAGAAAUCCCGUCCAACAUGGGCAUGAAGCGCUUCAGGCCCUGGAUAUGGAUCCCCUCUAUGAUGGUCGUAUGGGGCAUUUGCUGCACCCUGAUGGGCAUAGUCCAUAACUACGCUGGUCUGUUGGCUGCACGAAGCUUCCUUGGUUUAGCUGAGGGCGGUUUGUUUCCGGGAAUUGCCUACUAUAUCACCAUGUGGUACCGUCGCCACGAGUGUGGCUUUCGCAUGGCCAUUUUCUUUUCUGCUGCGACGGCUGCUGGUGUAUUUGGCGGCUUUCUCGCCCGUGGUAUAAUGGAGAUGCGAGGUCUGGCAGGCUUGGCUGGCUGGCAAUGGAUCUUUAUCAUCGAAGGUCUCCUUACUGUAGCAGUCGCACUGGCCUCAUUCAAGCUGAUGGCUGAUUAUCCCGACCGAGCCAAGUUCAUAACAGACGCAGAGAGGAAACAUAUCCAAGAACGCUUGAUGCUUGAUCGAUCGGGGCUAGCCGAAGAGUUCGAAAUGAAAUAUGUCUGGGAUGCGUUCAAAGAUUGGAAGAUCUGGGUACAUAUGCUUAUCGCAACUGGUACAUUUACCGGGGUCUACUCCUAUUCUCUUUUUCUACCCACCAUCAUUCGCGACCUCGGUUAUUCCAGUACAACUGCCCAGCUUAUGAGUACUCCUCCUUAUUUGGUUGCGUGUUUUGUGUGCGUUGUAGCUGGCUGGUGGGCGGACAAGAUCCAACAAAGAGGAAUAUUCAUGAUUGUAUUCAUCACCAUGGCUGGACUUGGUCUUAUUCUCCUCAUGGCCGUUCGCCAUUCUGGAGUUCGCUACUUUGGCUGCUUCCUCCUCGCCUCGGGCAUAUUCCCAUCUGUUCCCCAAGGCAUUGCCUGGAACAGCAAUAACAUCGGUGGAUCACUCAAGCGGGGUGUCGGCAUCGCGAUGAACGUGAGCUGUGGUAACCUUGGCGGCAUCAUUGCAUCCUAUCUAUUCCUGAAAAAGGAUGCUCCAAGAUAUUUCCCAGGCUUCGGUACUCUCUUGGGCUGCCAGGUGAUGGCAUUGGUCUUGUCUGUGUGGAUGGCUAUCUACCUACGCCGCGAGAACGCUCGCCGAGAUGCUACACACAAGGAUCCUAGCUUGUAUACUGAAGAUGAAAAGUAUGCUGAGCGGGAGAAAGGUGACAAUGCAACAUUCUUUCGGUAUACAAUCUAG